AUGUCUCAAUCUCAUGAGGAAAAUACGAACGAAGGAGACAUUAACUUUAAUGAAUUAGUGGGAACAUUGCUGUCUUCGCAUAAUGAACAGGGCGAGCAACAUCCAGAUGAAGAACAACACACUGAGCUACCAGACUUUCCAACUGAGGAUGAUGAUUUGGAAGCUGUAGUUGCGAAUGCCAUGCAGAGUAUUGAACAUGAAAACGAUGAUUCUCAGGACCAACACUGGUCGGGUCUACUGCAGCAUGAUAUAUUGGAUGAUUCACAACAAAAUCAUAAUGAUGGCAGAGCAGAUAAACACGAGCAACUGGAUCAAGAUGAUGAGAAUUUAAGAAGAGCUAUCCUGGCUUCACUUCAGGGGUUUUCAAAUUCCCAUGAACCAACAGUCGACCAACAAGAAGAUCAGUCCCUUGCAGUUGAAGAGAAGGAAAAGAAAUCCUCCAAAAAGAAGAAGAAAAAGGAGAAAGAAAAGAGUAAGCAUAAACAUAAAGAUUCUGAUAAACAUGUCAAGAAAAAGAAGAAGAAGAAGUCCACCUCUGAUAAACAUGAAAAGAAGAGUAAGAAUAAAGAUAAAAACGUUGUACCAAUAAUAGGAGAUAACACAGGAGAACAUGGCACCGAUGACGAUAUGUUGGCAUUUGAUGAUGUUAUUAAGGGAUUUAUGAGACAAGAUCAAAACACGACAGAGAAGACCCAGAAAGAGGUACCAACAGAAGACGCAGAAACUCAAGCUUUAGUAGAAGCUACAUUGAAAGCAUUUGAAACCGAAUUACUAGGGCCCACUCUUUCAGAUACAACUGCCUUGAACCCUUCUCAGGAGAAGCUUAAGAAGAAAUCAAGUACUAAGAAGACUAGUGGCAAAUCUAAACAGAAAUAUACAAAACCAAUAGCACCCCCAGUGUCAUUUUCUCCAUCACUUCCACAUCCUAAGAAGAAAAAGACUAAAAGUAAGAAAUCUCUCGACCAUCCAUCAGAAGAACAACAGCUUAACAAUUAUACAGAUAACGAUGAUUUUUCUAAAGUCCUUGCCGACAUGGUUAAUCAGGUGGUGAAUACGUCUUUAGAGGAUACUUCACAUCCAGAGUCUACUUCAGAACCCACAGCUCAUCCUUUAUCUUCGUGGCCAACUGAAUUCCAUGAUUUAGAUAACGCACAUGCCGAUGAAACUGCAGGAAAUGAAGACACAUUUGACCUUAAUCAAAUCAUGCAAAAUGCAAUGGCUAUGGCCUUCCGAGAUCAUAACAAUGAUGAUCUAGACCAGUCUGUGAUGGAAGAUUUCAAUAAAGGGUUAGGUGAUUUUAAUGUGUCGGAUUUAUUGGGUACUUCAACUUCUACCAAAAAACAUCCAUCUGUAUCUUCUAAGAAAAAGAAGAAGAAAAAGUCAACAUCUGGCACCAAAUUACCUGGGGCAGAAAGAGAAAAGAAGAAAGCAGUUAGUUUAAAGCCACAACCCACUAUAGAGGACAUUUUAAAAAAGAAAUAUUUAUCAUGUGCUUCUGCUGCAGCCUCAGCAGCCAGGAAAAGAAAUGCAAAGAAGAAUAAAGAAUUAAGAAGAAAAUUGAAGGAAGAGCAGUUAAAGGCACGUGAAGAAAAGAAGUUAAGGAAGAAAGAGGAAAAGGAAGGACAGGAGCUUGAGAGGAAAGAAUUAGAAGAGAUUGUAGCGAAGGGCCCACCAUAUCCACCUGACUUAAGAGUCACAAAGAAAGGUACACCAAAGAAGCCCUAUAGAAGAUGGACACCUGAAGAAAUGGAAAAAAGGGCAUCGAUGUCUGCAGAAGAGCUAACAAAACCAAAGAAACCCAAGAAAGUAAAAAAGAAGAAGGUAAAGAAGACAAAAAAAAUACCUCUUUCAACUUUAAAAAAGAUUCCAAUUUUUAACUUUUCUAAAGAUUCAUCUAUUCAUUCAAAGAACUCCUUGAAUGAUAUUGAAGGAACACUAUCGAAGAUCCCAAUACAAUCAGUGCACCUUGACCUUUCAAAAUUGUCACCACCUAAGAAGAUAUCCCCACAAGAUCUUGAAAAAUUGAAGCUUCUUUCAUCAAUAUAUCCAUACUGGAAAGAAAGAUACGCAUUUAAUCCUGCAGUGAAAACCGUGAUAAGAAAAGAGAAAGUUUUAUUUCACCCACCUUGGGCAAUACCAGCUUUUCCUCCAUUAGCAUUACCAACCGCUCGUAGAUUAAGAAAAUCAAGUGUUAGGGAAUUUUCAGAAGAGAAAAAGAGAAUGAAGAACUAUAGGAAGGCUAGAAGGCAAGUGUCACUCAUUACAGAUAAAAGUAAAGUUCUUCAACGUAUACUAUUACCUUUAAUCAAUACUUUAAAAGUAGCUGCUAAGAAUAAGGUCGCAAAUGGAGCUUCUCCUGAAGAAGCAAGCAAAUACCUUACAACAAUUAUACAAUAUGCUAAAAACUCAAUCGUCCAAGCGUUGUUCAAGGCCGAUAAAAGUAACCACCAAGACAUUCCCACGAUAAAGAAUGAAGAUAGGAAUAUAUCUACAAUCCUAACCGAUCCAAAGAAAGACAAGGUUAAAAGAAUACCUAUUUUCAAUGUGGCUUCGGUUAAGCAAUUACAAAACAAAAUGCUCUCCUCAAAUAAUGACAGUGUUCCAGUUGCCGCUUUAAAUUCUAGUAAACCAGCUCUAAAGUUGGAAAUAGAACCAAGUCUUAUUUCUGAAUCGUCCCCUACUUCUGAAUCUACCGACAUAAAAAAAUCUUCAGCAAAUAACUUUCAGAUAAAUGAAGGGAGAAGGACCCCCUCUCCAAUUAAUCCGAAUUCUAUUCAGUCAUCAUCAAUGUCCACCGUUGAACUAACACGUACGGACAGCAACAAUAUUACAGCAUUGAACGGGAAUAUUGGAAAUAUAAUCAAUAAUCCUGAUAUCCAACUUGUUUCCGAAAUUGUAGUUCCUAAGAAGGAGAAGGUUGAUGAACCGAACUUGAUGUCAAUUCCAAUAGAGCCUAAGAAAGAAUCGAUUCCGGCUAGAGUACCUCUUUUAAUGCCUCUAGCAAACGUAAAAGCGGAUAACUUGAUAACAAAAGAAGUUGUUCAUCUUAAUAAUGCCAAUACCGGACUUAUUAAAUUGGAAAACCCUAAUCAACAUAAUAUUCCGGCCAAAAAUUCUAACAAUAUGGCAGAUAUGGUGGAAUCAUUGGUAAAACAACAACUUACAGCCUCUUCAAAUGACGAUAACACAGCAUUGCCCUUAAAUUUAAGUAAUAUGAUCACAUCGACCAUCACGGGACUCAUACCGACACUCGCGGAAGAUAAUAAUGAUGAUAAUGACGAUGAUGAAGAAGGGUUCAACUAUAGCAGAAAGAGACAAAAAGUUUUUGAUCCAAAUAAGGUUCUUAAUUUGGAUGGACUGGUUCCUCCUAUGUUCCAUGGCUCUAAGAUGACCUCAAAGGCACUCAGCUCUUCACCAGGCUCGAUUAAACCUAGGAAAAUCAAAGAAAAGUCAGAGAGUAAUAACGUUUUAUAUUCGUUUAACAUUCCUGACUAUAAAAACGUUCCAGGAAAGAAAAAUUAUAUUAUGAAAUUGGCAAAGAAAUAUUUAGAUAACGACCAACUGAUCUCACUAAAAAGAUCAGUCAAUAAUGAGAGAAAGAGAAAAUGGAGAGAAGCAAACGCUACAAAGAACUGGUUACACGAUUUAAGAUCUAGAUUGAAGAAAAAUGCGAAUGCUCAAUUUGGAGAGUCAGACUCCUUAGAAAAGAUGCAAUGGCUAGAGGCAACAUUUAAGAGAAAGAAAAUUGAACGAGGAAUAACCGAUGAUUUCGAAACCAAGAAAGAGGCAAAUGAGGGGACUGCAGCAACAUUUAUUUCGGAUGAUGAAAUAUUAAAUAUGAUAGCUACUGAGUUAGAUCGUUUAGAUUUAGCAAGGUUGAUUGAAAAAGAAAUGAAUGAAGAUUAUACUAAAUUAUACCAUCCUGGAUUGCCCAGAAAAAUCGCAGGCAAAUAG